CUGAGGCGCUUCAGUGCGUCAUCAAUGAGCGACGCGUUACAAAACAACAAAACUAAAGUCCAACUUACUUCAUGAAUAAACAGCUCAUCUGUGAUGUCUGAUUCAGGGGUCAGGUCUGAUCUCCUCCAGCGGUUUCUGGAUGCAGCAUCCACAGGAGACAUGCAGACGCUGAUGCUCAUGAUAGAUCAGUCCUCAGAUUUGCUGAACCAGAGAGGAGAGAAGGGGUGGAGCGCACUGAUGCUGGCUGCCAGACAUGGACACCAGGAGGUGGUCAAGGCCCUGCUGGAGAACGGAUGUGAUACGAGUGCCCAGAAUGGCUCAGGUCAGACGGCCAGAGAUGUGGCCGUGUUUUGGGGUCACCGUCACGUGGCCAGUCUGCUGUCCGGUUCUCCAGAUGUGGAUCUUUUGCCCAGCGGAGGUGUUCAGGAGCUGGAUAUCUACUUCAACAGGCAGAUGCUGGACAGAAAGAGUGAGAAGCGCACAGAUUUAGCCUGGAUCUCUGAAAAACAGGCUGAUCCAGACACCGUCUUCAUCGUUUUCCAUGACCUGUGUCCACUGGUGCGCCGCGGAGCUCAGGACACGAAGACGAGUGUGUGUCGGCUGAGAGCGCCGGCGGUGCAGAAACUGCUCACACACACGCACACACUGCUGGUGUUUCUGGGGGUCCAGAAGAAGGAGGUGGCCUGGUUUGCUGUCAGCACUGAAGACGAGCCCACUGACUUACUGGAAACACUGGAGGGAGAGUGUUUCUUCCUGCAGCCGGCGAUGCCUGGACUGCUGACCAUGAGCGAUGAGGACGCAGGAGUGGUGGCUCAGGCCAGAUCUGUUCUUGCAUGGCAUAGCCGCUACCGUUUCUGCCCGACGUGCGGCAGCAACACUCGAGUGGAGGAUGGCGGAUACAAGAGGACCUGUUUGAGAGCAGGCUGUCGGAGUCUGCAGGGCGUCUACAACACCUGUUACCCCAGAGUGGAUCCAGUGGUGAUCAUGCUGGUCAUUCACCCCGAUGGGAAUCAGUGUCUGCUGGGACGCAAGAAGAUCUUUCCUCCUGGGAUGUUCUCCUGCCUCGCUGGCUUCAUAGAGCCAGGUGAGUGUGUGGAGGCUGCGGUGCGACGUGAGGUGCAGGAGGAGAGCGGUGUUCAGGUGUCUGCGAUUCAGUAUGUGUGCAGUCAGCCCUGGCCGAUGCCCUCCUGCCUGAUGAUCGGCUGCCACUGCGUCGCUCUGACCACAGACAUCAAUGUAGAUCAGCAGGAGCUGGAGGAGGCGCGCUGGUUUACACGCCAGCAGGUCAUUGACGCGCUGCUCAAACACAAACAUGCUGCAUUCAUUAUGCCGCCGCAGCAGGCCGUCGCUCACCAGCUCAUCAAACACUGGAUCGGAUUCAACGCAAACCUCUGACGCUCUCCAACACUUUGUUUACAACUGAAUGUGAAUAUUGAGUAGGGGGCGGGGUUUACUUUUUGAGCUCCGCCUCUCAUCUUUCGCUGACAGCAUAUCAAUGGUUGGAAGGGUGUGGCUAAGCAUAUUUCAGCCAAUCAGCGAAGCACUGCAGUUGUAGAGCAGAAGCAGAUGGGCAGAUUUAUAGGGUUUCUGCAGGUUUCAGAUUUAAGACAUUUUAAAGAUCAUCAUGAAUAAAAUAAACACUAUUUUCUGUCUG